AUGUUUACUUGCAAUCAGUGUUCGAAGGCGUUUAAGCGCAAGGACCAUUUGAAACGGCACAUGGUGAACCAUAGCGACACCAAACAUGUUUAUCGUCAUCUGAAAAGACACAAAGAAAAAGAUAUCGAGGCUGGCGGAGAGGGGCUCGGGGAGCUCGUGACCAGACGCAAAUUCUGGAGUCCUCAAGAAGGGUACACCAAAAAGGUCAAAGGAGAAGACGGUGGCAGCUCGCCGGACUCGACAGAUACACGGCUGUUUUCGAAAAAUGACAGUGACACGUUCACUGAGAACCACAAUUUUGAGGCUGCGCUGGAGCCGGAGCUGCUCAAGCUCAGCCGCAGGUCCAGCACUGUGUGGAAUAAGUAUAACUUUGAGUACCCCAGUGUGGACUGCUCUAUGCCCACUCUGGACCAGCCAACUAUGGAACGUGUACAGCGGUUUGUUCGAGGCUUGUGCGAGACAGAGAAAGUUGUGCUUGAAACAGUCAACUCCUGUGGGAUGUUGGAAUCGUCUUCUGUGCAGAGGUCGCUCGGGAACUUUUUCUCUGGCUUCAAUCUCACGUAUCCCUUGGUUCAUCUGCAAACUUUCGGCACAGAAAGUAUUUAUCUGUUGGCAAGUCUCGUUCUGGCAGGGUCCUGCACAGAGUACCUUGUGGCUACUAAGCUUGUUGCGAUGCUAGAGAAACGGCUUUUGGAGUUGCCAGGACUGCUGGGCGGCAACUUGCAGCUGGUCCAAGCCUUGAUUGUGUGCCAGUUUGUGAAUUUCUUUUUUGGCGACAAGAUGCAGCACGAGCAUGGGCUCGCCUUCAGCGGGGUGCUUACUCACAUUUUGCGGCAGAACGGAUACUUUAAGCAAACUUCUGAGCCGGGGAGCUGGCACGAAUGGGUCGUAAGCGAGAGUCGAAUUAGGGCUGCGUUCCUUGCCCUCCGACUGGACGUCGAGAAGAGCGUGCUCUUUGGUUGCGAAAAUACAUUGUCGGCUUACGAGCUCCAUUGUAACAUGCCAUGUUCGCUCCAACUGUGGAUGGCGUCGGCUGAAGAAUGGCAAACUCUCAGGCGCCGCUCAAGGCCAGUGAGUUUUCCUGCGGCGCUGCAAGGCUACUUGAGCUCGAAGCAUGGUAUCAUAGCUACGGACGGUCACCAAAAACAGGUCUUGCUGCAUGGAAUAUUGAGUGUAUUUUUGGACCGCCGAAAAUUGGGACCUGGCUUUAGCGAUAACAAUUGGAAAUUGCAAGUUUUGACGGCACUCGAGAAUUGGAGCGACGACUUCAGUCGGUGGCAGAUUUCCGUAAAGGAGAGCGUCAGAAAUGAUCCGAUAUUCAUGCAGUUCACAACCUCGGUCGGAGCACUAUACCGUCACGCACAUUUGCUACUUUCGACAAAUUUCGCAUCCCCCAAGAAGCUCUUGGCCAUGGCAGAUUGUACCUUUGCAGACACCAGAACAGCAGUCUGGCAUGCCUCCCAGAUGAUUAUUGAGGGAUAUUUGAAUUUGGAUUACUGGCAAGCCGACGGCAGCUUCCACUACGAUUGGUGUCUUUACACGGCCGCUAUGGUGAUAUGGAAACACUUCAAAGGUUCAGGGUCGACAGAUAUGGCCAAGGUGCUCCUCAAUCUCUCGCGAAGGACACCCCAGGACAUCAUGGCCCCACCCAUCGAUGCCAGACCAAUCGUCGAGCACUUGCAAAAAAAAUUCGCACAAAAUCCUAGUCUUGUCUUAAAGAGUUUGGCAAAAGACAUGUCCCAAUAA